UCACAAAAGUAAUACCCUUGGCUCAAAACGAUAUAUAUAUCACAGACUUGAUUGGCGAUUGGUUUGUUCAAGAAACUGAACAUGAUUUCCAACAUUACAGUCUUUAAUACACAGACACAAGCAAACAUAUCUAAACACAUUUACAGGAACACAAGCUUAUUCCUUUGUUGUUUAUUGUGCAUACCAACACCUACUAUUCAUUUUGUGUUGCCUAUAUCUGCAUUUUACUGGUACCUGUCGAUCACCAAGGAUGGUGGUUUAAGCUAAAUAUGUAUCCUACUGUAUAUCUUACAUGGGCUAAUGGUUAAAUUAACAGUACACACUCAAAAAAAUGAUUCUUGCCAGUAAUUGAUAUUAAGCAAACAAUCCAAAUAUAAUAUAUUUGAAAAAAUGUCAAAUAAAUUGUAUCUUUCUGAAGUGCUUUUACACUACAUGAAUGUUAUGUAUUUAAGAGCAACCUGAUCAAAUUACAUAAAACAUACUUAAUUGGUUACAAUAAGGCGCAGUGUCACGUGUUGCGCAUGCGCCUUGAUUAACUGAACUUCCGGUGGCGCCAGACGACAUGUGGACGUCACAGUAGCAAGGAACAUAUUUGAAUUAUUCCUACAAGGUAAGAUAUUUUAUAUAUCUAUAAAUGAUUCGACUUUAUUAUUAUUACUUACUGGUAAUCAUUUAAUCGAUGCUUGAUCUAGUUAAACUUUAACGUUAUAUUUUUCGGAUUCCCCAUUUUAAAACGAGUAAGUUAACUGUUAAGUAAACUGUUUUUUUCAAUACGUACUGCCGAUUGACUGUCUAUUAUUUAUGUAUCUAGGCAGGUACGCAUAUAUGAUUAUGAUUAAAAAAAUUAUAACUUACAAAAAAUUAAAGCUUCGUUAUAUCGAUGUUUUUUUGCAUUAUGCCAAAACAUUGCACUCACGAAACGCAGUAUAACGAUCGUAUAUAAGAGUUGAAUAUAUUUGAAAGUAUAUACCAUAUCUCAUUGAAACAAAUCUCUUAUAAAAUACUUUGAUGUACGGUCCGCUGUGUGUGCUUCGUUUUAACAACUUCCAGAGGUUGCGUUAGACUUCUAUGGUCAUAAAAGUUCCGUCAUAAUUACUUUAACUAACACUUUACUUUCAUUUUCAUAACAAGUCGUUUGACUGAUCCUUAAUGACACAGAAGUACCGCGAGAGCGAUUUGAGAGUUGUGCUCUUACAGCUGUCUCGCGGUACUUGACGUCAUAAGAUGAUGGUUCUGCGCAUCGCUGGUUAACGCCACCACUGAGCUUUGUCAUCUCGACGUACUUUGUUAGAAAUAUCUUUUGCACGUAUUCAGAAAUUUUCUACAAGGACGUAAUGCGCGCAUUCGCGUUAUAUGCAUGCAAACGUGUUCAGGAUUUUGCGUUUAAACAAGUCCUUGAAGUGGGGAAUCCACGACUCCAUUAAGUGAAACAGUCGUUCUUUUAAUGUUGUGUAAAAGAAAUCUAAUAUGUCGUUUUACUAUUGCAGAGACCCCAUUAAUGUCAUUUUUCCUGCAUAUUUUGACGACGUUUGGGACAAUCACUUACUUAAGAUACCCCAUUAGUGUCAUUAUUCCAGCAUAUUUUGACUACGUUUGGGACAAUCACUCACUUAAGAUAAACGCUGAAUUCAUGCGGAUAACAACAGUGCCACUCCUGACCAAGUUCUUUGGGCAGCUGGAUAGAUACACUGCAAACCUGCAUAAGGUUUUCAAAAGCAAAGGAGGUGCUUCUGGACAGAAGAUAUCACGCAUAGUGGCAAUUGCUGACAAGCGUGAUGACAUACACCUCAAACGAGACUGUGUCAUAAAGAGUCUGUGUGUUUAUCUCAAUGAAGACAUCACAACACUCGUGAAAGAAUUCAUGGACUGCAACCCUGUAGAAGCUAAGAGAGGAAUUUCUGAGACUACUCUCGGGAUUUAUGCGAUCCGUAGAGAAGGUGCUGGUGCUGAGGAGAAUCUAGGGGAUGUUGUGGUAGUGAUAGAAGGUGUGAUGCUGCUUCAACGCUUGAAGAGUAUUUCCUUUGGAGUAGUGAUCCUGUUCAGACUGAUCUACGCUCUCAACUUAAGCUACCCUAAGAGCCUCAAAUUCACGUUUGAAUUCUUCCAGAAGGUACUGAUGAAUUUGGAUGGCAACAAGCUUUCCCCCAAAGUUCUAUAAGGACAUUUGAAAACUUGUGAACUUUUGGAUUUGUUCUACAAACUGAUGACGAUGAUGCCCCUUGCUGUAGCUCUGAUACUCUUGACACAGUAGUUGUUAGCUCUUGUGCUAUUGAGCCAGUUUGGAAAUACAAGCACUGAUACUGUUAUAGUUAUGUCUCCUAAGUAAAAGUGUUUUUCGAUUCCUGUGUUCAUAUGAAGCUCCAAAUUUCACUUUGGAGUGUUGAAACCGAGUUCAGUAACUCUGGAAUGCUGCUAAUGACACUAAUGCAAGAUACAUGCAUCUUUUAAGGCACCUUCCUGUACCUCUUGUUAAUCUUGAAACAAAAGUGUUUAGCUCUUGUGCCAUUGAGGCACAUCAGAAAUCUAAGGACUUGUUUUGUAGAAGCACUGAUACAGUAAUACAGUAGUUAUGUAUAUUAAGAAAACUGUUUCUGUGUGUCAAGUUUUAUCAGCUUCCUGUGUUUUAUGAAGCUGAA